CCCGUCUCCGUGAAUCGCGGAAACGGGGAUGGGAAGGGGGUCCUUGACCCCGCGAGGCCCCGUUGCCAUCUCUAUUGCUCUAUGUUGGCUACUUUUCGGUGUGAAACUCUGGGGGGUAAUCUCCCCUAGGUCAUGGAUUGGAGGGUUUUUCUGUUGUAGCUGGCAGAACUUCUUCACUUCAGGGCUGGAUGCUUUAGAGAUUGCUGUUAUGGAGUUCAUACUUUUAAGGAAGUAGCUUGGCCUUUGCUUUUCAAGGCUGCAGUGAUAGUUGCAAGCUGCUUCGAAGGUGCUCAUGUGAUGUGGAUUAGCAUUUUAAUGCAGCAAUCCCUCACUGAUUUCCUGGACCAUACUUGCUGUGUUCUUCUAUGUUAUGUGUAUGGUGAUGAGGUGCAAACUGAGACGGAGCCAGGAAACUGGAUUAACAAUAAUUUGAGCUUUUAAGU